AUGGAACUGCUCAAGGUCUCUAAGGACAAGGGGAUCCUGCAAGUCUUCAAGAAAAGGGUGCAGACCGGAGGCCCCCAAAAGCUACAGUUCUGCCAGGAGACAGAGCUGAACUGCCUGGCCAUGAUCGCCCAGCAACAGCCUUCGCCAGCCUCCACAGAAUCAGGCUCACUCACCUGCUGCCAGCAGAACCAGCAGCAAUGCCAGCCCCCUCCCAAGUGCCCCCCAAAGAGCCCAGCUCAGUGCUCUCCCCCAACUCCCUCUGGCUGCGUUCUUGACUCUAGAGGCAACUGUGGCCCCAGCUCCGAGGGCGGCUGCUGCCUGAGCCACCACCAGCACUGCCGCAGGUCCCACCGAUGCUGGUACCAGAGCUCCUGUGACAGUGGCAGUGGUCAGCAGCCCAGGGACUCCGGCUGUGGCCAUGGUUCCGAUGACUGUUGUUGA